CGGUCGUUGCGGUGUUUGUGUCGUGAGAAAAACACGUCUUCUGACUCUUUAUGUCGCCCCUGCUAAAAUAAGCUAGCGCCAUCAAAUGAACGCCGUCUAUUUGCUGGAGUCACAAUGCUGCCGUCAGAUUAGCCAGGGCUAGCUAACUACAACAGGUUUCAUUGUUAUGGAAGCUUUGUCAGUCGAGAAAAGCCUCUGUGUCGUUAUUGUUCGACUCGUUUUACAAGUAAAACGGUACUGUUUGACCAGCUGCUGGGUAAUCAGCCAGACAAGUUUUUAUAUAUACUAUUAAUAGUUAUUGUGAGUAUUAUAACCAUCACAUCGUUAGCCGUUAAAUUUAAUUAAAUAAUGUGCUUGUCACUAGCCCUGCUUUAACGAUAGAAGGUUUAAGUCACAAAGCACAGUUCACUGAUUGUUGCGAGGUAACUGAGCAGCCUUUUGUAUCACACACAGUAACCUCUUAGGUUUCACUUAUAACUAGUGAAUUAAUCCCAACCUUGGCAAGUUUCAAGGUCGAACAGCUCUCCUGAUGAUACAUCAGCACUAAGCUCAUUCCAUACUUCCUCAUGAUGGCUAGUUGUGGAGAGGUAGACCACUCUGUUAGCUCACUCCCAUCCAGCAAGAAAGGCAGCAACAGUGGUGGUGGAAGUGGGAACAGUGCAGAAUCAUCGUGCUCUGGCUCCAGCAACUCAUCCCCAGCUCUAUCAGUUCCUGAGUGUGCCAUCUGUCUGCAGAGCUGCGUCCACCCAGUCCAACUGCCAUGCCAUCACGUCUUCUGUUUCCUGUGUGUAAAGGGAGCAUCUUGGCAGAGCAAACGAUGUGCUCUCUGUAGACAAGAAGUACCUGAUGACUUCCUGGAAAGGCCUACACUUCUCUCUCCAGAGGAGCUGAAAGCAUCAGCAGGAGGUCGAGGUGGGGCAGCGAGUGAUCACGCUUGGUAUUAUGAGGGGCGUAAUGGUUGGUGGCAGUAUGAUGAGCGAACCAGCCGUGAGCUGGAGGACGCUUUCUCCAAGGGUAAGAAGACAGCCGAAAUGCUCAUUGCUGGUUUUUUGUAUGUAGCUGACCUGGAGAACAUGGUGCAGUAUAGGCGUAAUGAGCACGGUCGCAGACGUAAGAUGAAAAGAGACGUUUUAGACAUUCCCAAGAAGGGGGUGGCAGGACUGCGAUUGGACACUGAGGGUGUUAGUGGGGCCGUGGGGGCUACAAGUAGAGAGAACUCUGCUGAUGGGGCUGAUACCACACUAACAAAUAUACAGCAACAGGUUACAGGUAUCUCUUCUACUGUAUCAGCCCCUUCAGCUCCUGCCAGACCUCCCACUUCCCUCGGUGGUCAGCCAGGCCCCAGUACUAGCCCCCCUCUGGAGGAUGCUCUCUCCCAGCUGCAAAUCAGCCCCAGGCCCACACCUUCUCAUGAGCGGUCUGAGGCUGGGGAAGGAGAGGAAGAUGAGGAGGAGGAGGCCUCACCUUCCAGGUCCUCUGACCCUCACACCUCUGUAGAUGAGUCUGGCUCUGGAGAUUGGAGUGAUGAUGAGGAUGAGGAGGAUGAAGAAGAGAACGGGGGAGAUGGAGAGCGUGUGGAGCCGCGGGAGGGUAGGCCAAGGAGACAAAGACUGAAUCCAGAGAACAGAGCCCCUCCUCGUUCAGAGUCUGCCUCCCCGUCUCCCUCAUCCAGUAGCAGUGGAAGGUCCAGAAUGCCUGAUGGCCAGUGUACAGUGACUGAGGUGUGAAGCGAUCAUUAAUAUAUUAUCACCAAAUGGC